GAUAUAUAUGGCCCAACAGGCCUCUCGUGCAGUCACACCAACAAAUGAAGCUUCGCCGUGGAUUUCUUGAACUUGGAGCAAGAUCACCAUGGCUGGCCUGUGUGUUUGGGGACUUCUCCUGUUGGCUGUAGCAGUGCCACAGGUUUACAGCAUAGGUUGUCCGGACGAUUUUUACAUGUUUGGAGAUAUAUGCUUGAGUCUGAUUAGAAACACUGAAAAAUCCUGGGAUGAUGCAGAUGCUGACUGCAAGGCACUGAACGAAUCAGCGUCUCUUGCCACCAUCAAGGACUACCGCGUGCAAGCACAAAUUGUCGCUAUGAUGAGGAGUGCGAAAGGUGAUGACAUAUACGUUGGGCUCAAGGCGACCCCUAGUAAUCCUUUCUUCUUCUGGCCAGACCUGAGUAAUCCUGCUUUCGAAAGAUGGGGCACUGGCCAGCCAGAUGGCUAUCCAUUGCUGACUAAUGAAGACUACUGCGUUGUGUUGGAUAACUCAAAUGAGAGACAGCCUGGGUUUUGGUAUGAUGUGCCCUGCACUGAACCCCACAAAUACAUCUGCAGCAUGGAUCUAGAUGUGAAUUCUGAUGGUAGUGGUGUGCCGCCAGCACUCAGAUGCCCUUAUGGUUUCUAUGCGCUUGGUGACUCGGCCUGCUUUGGAUUCAACGACACACUGUCUACGUACACUGAGGCCGAAGCGGCUUGUCAAGCUCUAGCCCAAAACCCUGGGGAAGAGAUUCAUCUUGCCAUGAUACUAGACGGCUACGAAUCAGCCCUCAUUGAGACCAUGAUGUACUCGCUGGGUCUCGAUUCUGGUUGGAUUGGAUUGAAGUCAACUGACCGUGAGUUCAGCUGGGAGACUGGCUAUCCUAUUGUCUACACAAACUGGGGGCUGAAUGAGCCCAGUUCUGAAAACAAAGAUGCAUGCGUCCAUGCCCAAACUGAUGGGAAGAACUGGGAUGACACCAUGUGCGAUGACAGAGCUGCCUACUUCUGCCGUUUUGAUCGAUUUGGUUUGUCAUAUCCAACUCCUGAUCCUGAUCUGGAGAAACUACCCUGCCCAACUGGAUGGGUAGGAUUUGAAGAAAACUGCUACUAUUUCUCCUCCAUAAAGAGAGAUUGGGGCGAGUCAAAUUACCGAUGUAUGCAGAGUUACGAAGGGUCCUUUCUUACGAGUAUCACUUCAGCUUCGGAGAGCCAAUUUGUAUUAAGUCAAGCACAGAGUCAAUAUCCUAUGGACAGCUCUAUUUGGAUUGGUCUUGUACGAUCUCAGACCGGCAACAAUGAUUGGAGUACGUUUGGCUGGUUGGAUGGCAGUGAGUUUAAUUACGCCUUCUGGAGUAGAGGAGAGCCUGAUGGCUACCCAACGGACCUGCUCUUGGAAAGCUGUGGUACCAUGCACAUCACGACCGCCGGCGCUGGAGCCUGGAGCGAUGAAAUCUGCCAGUUCAGUGCACUGUACUCCGUUUGCAAGAUGCCGAAACAGCAAAAUUACACGGAGAGAAUAUGUGGCGACUUUUUUAAUAGCGACGAAAUCCAAAUUGGAGACUACUGCUACUUGCCAAGCACGGUGACCGGAUUCACCACAUCUACUGGGACCUGGAGAGAGGCAGAGAAUGCUUGUCGAGCUAAGGGGGGCAACCUGGUAUCGAUUCAUAACCCAGAAGAGCAGGCCUUGGUCCGAAUAUUGUCUUAUGGCUUUGCCCGGAGUUACUGGAUCGGUCUGCGGAAAUUCGGCAACAGCAAUUUUGGAUGGAGCGAUCUAACAGAUUUUGACAUCAACGAUUAUUCGGAAUUCCCCAACGAUCAGCUUCCAGACAACCUUGCCGAUGAGGAGGAAUGUGCGGAACUGCUGAUCUGGCAAAAUGGAGAAUGGGGAACAAGUGCCUGUGGGAACUCGCUGAACUUUGUCUGCAAGCGCAAAGAAACAGAGGGCAGUCCAAAACCCCUCCUUCCCGAUUAUCCUACAACUGGUGACUGCCCCGACAAUUACUUCAAAUUGGGAAACAUGUGCUACAGCGUGAAGGGCACGACGGCGAGUGAGCGCAAGGGCUGGAUCGCGGCCAGAGACGACUGUAGAUCGGGUAAAGCAGCCAGGGGUUGGACUCUUGCCACGGUCAGCCACCCUGGACAACAAGCACUAAUGACAGCCAUCAUCAAGGCAUUUGAGGGUGUGGACAUGUGGAUUGGCUUGAACGGCAUCGGUAUCCACAACCAGUAUCACUGGUCUGACGAGUCACCGUUGGAGUACACCGCCUGGAUGGAAGGCCAGCCAGACAACGUCUUGCCCAUCACUGACCCUAAUUCUCAAAGCUGCGUGGUGAUGAUGAACAAUCCUUAUGAUCCAGGUAGAUGGAAUGACGUCACCUGCAGUGUCCCACGGGCCUAUCUCUGCCAGUCUCCGUUAGUCACCCCUGGGGGUACUCCUCCUGACCUGCCAGGCAACAAAUGUUCCGACAACAGAUACACUCAGUACUUCGCUACCUGUUUCCUGAUGGAGAACACGUACCCACGUACGUUUGACGAUGCAAGAGCGGAUUGCCAGUCAAAGGGCGGGAACUUACUGUCACUGAGCGACCAAUAUGAGAUGGCGUUGCUUGUAUCCGCUCUCUACGGGACGUAUCCCAACUCUCCGUUAGAGGCUUGGAUUGGUUUGCAAAGCACUACACAAACCGGAACAUAUGAAUGGAUUGACGAUUUCCCACUGGAGUUCACCAAGUGGGGCCCCAAUGAACCUAACAAUAAUAAUGGACGUUGCGUUGUCCUGACUCCAGAUGGCUACAUGGCUGUCCGCGCUUGCUCCGACACUCGAAACUACUUCUGUGAAUAUCCGUCUACUCCACCCGAAAAGCCGCAGCCGCAACGAGGGACCUGUCCCGGUGACUACGUUGAACUCCCCGGGACGGACUCAUGCAUCCUCUUCAAGACGCAGAACCUUAUCGUGCAUGACGAUGGAGACUACAUCUGCACGACGCAGCACGACGGCGGAAGGCUGCCAAGCAUACACAGCAUUGCGGAGGACAACUUCAUCGCCGAAGAGGCCAAGAAGGUCUUUCUCGGCACCAACGUCUAUGUUUGGCUGGGGAUGAGGCGCUCCAAUGAAGGUUUCAAUACCUGGAUUGACAGAAGCCUCAUGGACUUUGUAAACUGGAAGACACAGGAACCAACUGAUGAUCGAUUUCCAGAUAACAACUGCGUUCGAAUGGAUGUGAACGGCGGGUGGGAAGAUGUUGGUUGUAGCCAGAGGUCCAAUUACAUCUGCCAGCUUCCCAAAAAACCUGCUUUGCCCACACCACCCCCCACUCGGGAUGUCAUCAAAUCAGAAUGCCCCGACAAUUUUUACCGCUUUGGAGACACGUGUUUGACGCUGAUCUCGUCAGACGAAAAACCUUGGACCGAUGCAAAUGAUGCGUGCGAAAGCUUGAACUCAAAGGCAUCCCUUGCCAUCAUCAAGGAUUACCGUACACAUGCCCAGAUCGUUGCACUGAUGAGAGGCUACGCAGGUCAGGACGUUUACAUCGGGCUUAAAGCCACUCCCUCAUUCCCAUUGUACGUUUGGCCUGAUGACACCACUCCUACUUUCACAAGAUGGGGUGUCGGCCAGCCGGAUGGCUACCCACUGCUGACUAAUAGAGACUACUGCGUUGUAAUGGAUAACUCCAACACAAAGCAGCCUGGGUAUUGGUAUGACGUGCCCUGCAGUGAACGCCAUCGAUACAUCUGCAGCAUGGAUCCAGAUCCAAUUUACGAUGGCACUCAGGUGCCACCAGCACGCAGAUGCAGGGAUGAUUUCUAUGCAGUUGGUGACUCGGCCUGCUUCGCCAUCUUCACCAGCCUACCAUCUACGUUCGACGAGGCUGAAGCGGCCUGCAGCGCAAUGUCACCCCCCCCAGGGCAAGGCCCUCAGAUUAAUCUGGCCAUGGUGCUGGACGGUUAUGAGUCAGCUGUCCUGGACACUAUGCUGUAUGCCUUGGGACAAAAUUAUGCUUGGAUUGGAAUGAAGGCAACGGAUCGUGAGUAUGGUUGGGUGACCGGCUAUCCUGUUGUGUACACUAACUGGGGCCUGAAUGAACCUAGUGGCCAGGACAACGAAGGGUGCGUCCGUACCCGAAUCGAUGGGGACAACUGGGAUGACACUACGUGCUCGGACACAGCUGCCUACUUCUGCCGCUACGAUCAGAUAGGCAUGCCGUUUCCAACUCCCGACCCCGACACUGGGAAUCCCUGUCCGAGUGGAUGGGAAAGUUUCGAAUCCAACUGCUACUAUUUCUCUGACAUCGUGACUGAUUGGGGCGAGGCCAACUUCAGGUGUUUGCGGAUGUACGAAGGUGCCACGCUAGCAAGCAUCACAUCGGCUGCCGAGAAUGAAUUUGUAUACAGCAGAGCAAACAACCGGUAUCCUGGAGGUGAUUUUGUUUGGAUUGGACUGACACGCGUUCAGACUGGCAACAAUGACUGGAGGUCCUUUGGUUGGAUCGACGGAAGUGAGUUUAAUUACGCCUUCUGGAGUAGAGGAGAGCCCGAUGGCUACCCAGCGGACCUACUGGUGGAGACUUGCGUCACCAUGUCCAUCACGACCGCCGGCGCUGGAGCCUGGAGCGAUGAAAUCUGCCAGUUCAAAGCGCUGUACUCUGUUUGCAAGAUGCCGAAACAGCAAACUUACACAAGCAGGGAGUGUUCCGGUCAAGACAUUGAGAUCAAAAUUGGAAGUGACUGCUAUUUGCCAAGCACUGUUACUGGAAUGGCGACGGCAGAUGCAACCUGGAGAGAAGCAGAGAACAUUUGCCGAGAUAAGGGUGGCAACCUGGUAUCAAUUCAUAGCUCAGAAGAGCAGUCCUUGGUCCGAAUCUUAUCCUUUGGCUUUGCGAGGAGUUACUGGAUUGGCUUGCGGAAAUACGGCAAUGGUGAUUUUGGAUGGAGCGAUGGAACAACAUUUGACAUCAAUCAGUAUUCAGAAUUCCCUGGCGAUCAGCUUCCAGUCAACCUGGCCGAUGAGGAAGAAUGUGCGGAACUGCUGAUCUGGCAAAAUGGCGAGUGGGGGACGAGCGCCUGCGGAAACAAACUCAAGUAUGUCUGCAAGCGCAAGGAAUCGGGAAGCAGCCCCAAGGACCCCCUUCCCGAUUAUCCCACUGGUGGCGGCUGCCCCGACGAUUACUUCAAACUGGGAAAAAUGUGCUACAGCGUGAAAGGCGCCUCGGACGGGGAGGGCAAGGGCUGGAUCGCAGCCAGAGACGAUUGUAGAUCAGGUCGAACAGAGAGGGGUUGGACUCUUGCCACGGUCAGCCAUCCCGGACAGCAAGCUCUGAUGACGGCCAUCAUCAAAGCAUUCUCAGGUGUGGACAUGUGGAUUGGCUUGAAUGGGAUCGGUAUCCACAACCAGUAUCACUGGUCUGACGAGUCACCGUUGGAGUACACCGCCUGGAUGGAAGGCCAGCCAGACAACAUCAUACCCAUCACUGACCCCAAUUCUCAAAGCUGCGUGGUGAUGAUGAACAAUCCUGAUGAUCCAGGUAGCUGGAAUGACGUCACCUGCAGUGUCCCACGGGCCUAUCUCUGCCAGUCUCCAUUAGUCACUCCUGGGGGCACUCCCCCCGAUCCACCAGGCAACCAGUGUGCUGACAGCAGAUACACACCGUACUUUGAUACCUGUUACCUCAUGGACUCAUCAAGCCAGCGUUCGUUUGGCGAUGCUAGAACGAACUGCCAGAGUAGGGGCGGGGACUUGCUGUCGCUGUUUGACCAAUAUGAAGCGGCAAUGCUCACGUCCUUGCUGUAUCAGGAUGAUUUUGACGAAUCAGCGGAGGCCUGGAUUGGUAUGCGUCGCAAUACAGCGACUGGAGUAUUUGAGUGGAUCGACAAUUACCCACUGCAAUUCACCAAGUGGGGCCCAAAUGAACCGAACAAUAAUAAUGGCGAUUGUGUCGUUCUGACUCGAGCUGGCUACUGGGCAGUCCGUGGAUGCGAUACCAUUAAGUACUACUAUUGUGAAUAUCCAACUCAAAUCCCUGAAAAGCCAGGCCUUAGGGGAGGGGUCUGCUCUGGUGACUAUGUGGAACUCCCCGGCACGGAUUACUGCGUGGUCUUCGACACCCCCUCGCAGAUACAGUACGACAGCGGCGACUACACCUGCUCCACGAAGCACAACGGAGGGGUCCUGCCCAGCGUGCACAGCCAGGCAGAGAAUGACUUCAUCCUGGCGGAGGCCAAGAAAGUCUUCGGGGAGAUUAACACCAAGAUCUGGCUGGGCAUGAGACGCGACAGCACGCGUUUCAAUUCCUGGUCUGAUCUAAGUCUCAUGGACUAUGCCAACUGGCAGGCCAAUGAACCAUCUGAUGAUGAAAAUGAAAACAACAAGUGUGUCCAAAUGGAUCUGAUGAGCGGUGAAUGGGCCGAUGUCAAUUGUAACCUCGGAGCCAACUACAUCUGCAGAGUCCGAAAACAACCAGGCCCGCCUACAAGGUCCCCCACCCAGCCGCCACCUACCAAGCCGAACUCAGCAACCCAACCAGUCUCUGGCUUGCUGUCCAUCCUCUUGAGUGCAGCUGCUCUCCUGUUUGCAAGAUGUUAAACCGAUUCAUGGUCACUGCGAGAUGAGCACACCCGUUCCCUCUUUAAUUCUGUGGUUUUUGUUUCUGACCCAACUCGUUUCAAGCUCUCAACUCAAGGGAAACAUUUUUUAAAAAGACAUGUUUUUGUCACCACUAUCUCGGUAGAGAACCUCCAAUGAAGAAAGAAAUUUCUAGAGUAACAAGUUCGGGCUGUGCACAGUUUAAUAACAGUAUUGCUCAAUGCUUAGAAACUACAUUCACUCUGGCAUGAUGCAUUGAAGCCAGUCCAUUCUAACGGCUACACCUGCACAUUCCGGCUGUGACAUGGAAUAAUGCACAAAUCAAUAGAAGCCAGUGUCCACAGCUGCUUGCAUAGUCACAGCUUAAUUAUGAUGUUAUAGGAAUCAUCAAGUUUUUUUUUAAAAAAAGGUGCCCACCUGUGCUAAAAAUUAAGGAACCAGGAGAAGGACGAGACAGAAGUAUAAUGGGAAAAACACUGUGAGUUGUACCCACUACCCAGCAGUAUUACGGUUUUAGAAGAAGAAAUGACAAGGUAAUAGCUAUCCUUCAAGCAGUAAGCCCCAGCGUUGUAGUAGGAUAACCCACAGUAGCAUCUGGCAGGUCUGCCUUGGGGUGUUGCGGUCAAGACCAGACACAAUUAAGACCACCGGCAUGUAAACAGGGUGAGCAGUGACAAGGGAACGUUGUCGUUCCAGCUCUUUGUGCAUAGUUUGUCACUUUGAUUUCAGACUGGAGGUCUUGUGAUGGUCUUGAAGGGGUUUUGACCGCAGCACCGCGGUGAGUUAAAUUCCUUGGAGCCAAAACCACUAUACGAACGGUUUGCCCGGGUAGACCUCCGUGGAGCUCUGGAAUCAUCUUCAUACGCAUGCAUCUGUAAUGUUUCUCCCUUCAGAGUUGUUAUAAGUCUCCUUAGCAGUUUUCAAGUUUUGUAGCCAAGUCUUUUUUCCAAGUCGUACCUGCUUCAGAAGCAUAAAAUAACGGGAGCUGCAGAAAGAAAGUGGGACGUGCUCAAAACCGAGACUCUCCUCGAAAUUACACGUGUCAUUCUUGCUUGGGUGUCUAAAUGAAAUGCGACGGCAAUGAAAACGAGACACGCAAGGUUGAGUACACCAUUUGAUUAAGUUUACUGUAGAGAAUUUGUGUCUCAAAUACACAGUUUGGAGAUAAACUCUAGUUCUUGAAAACUAUUUAAGUAAUACCAAAAGCUACCCGCAAUAUUUUGAAUGAGACUGUAAGAUUUUAUGUCACUGGCAGUUGUAUUAUUUGAGGGCAUUGCAACAAUGAAUUUGACAGUUCCAGCAAAGGGUAAUUUAUUUCAUCAUACAUAUCAUUUUAGUUCAUGUCAGUAAUGAUGAAAUCCAAGAAUCCUGUGUAUAAACUGCAGAUUACACUACUAGUUGUCAUCAAGUAUCUACUGGCUAUUAUUUCUUGAUUGGAAUAAUCUGCAAGUACAGUGAAGUGACAGGAGUAGGGGUUGAACCUGGGACCUAUGGGUUGCUACACAGCUGUGCUCCACCUGCAAAGGUGCCUUAGCCUUGUUCUUGUGACUUAAUUAGCGCCCCCAAGAUCAAUAACUGAGAAGAGGCAAACGUGGGGCCUAGCAACACGGUUGUUUUCGACACAUUGUGUUGUCUUCUCGAGGUCAGAGGUUCGAUCCCACCCCAGUCAGUCUUUUCCUAUGUUUUGCUCCCAAACCUAGUCAGGCAUUAUACCCUGCUUGUUUGUGAAUCACUUUAUCAUCGUGUAACUGUCAGGAAUCUCUGCCAGUAGGCUGCUGAUUGUCAUUACAUAAUACACAUUUAAGUAAUAAUUGGUAUAACUUCACACCAGUAUAUGCAAGUAUUUUAAAUGGGAGAGUUACAGUCAAGGUGGGUCGUGUAUAAUUGUAAGAGUGGCAUGGGUCGCUAGAGUUAUAAGCAGAAUAUCUGCCUUUAGAUUAUUUGCUUGAGAAACAAAUUGCCUGUCCUUCAUGGCUGUAAAAGAAUGUUGGUGUUGCUUUUGUUUUUUGUAUUAGUUUUGCUUUGUCUUUGCUUUGUUUGUUUAUUACUUUGUUGUAGUGAUAGGUUUAAAUUACCUCACCUGUACCAACCUAUGCUGCUGGCAUUGUGUAAACAAAAUGAUGAGCAUGUUUCAAAUUUAGGACAAGGCCAAAGUGCGACUUGAGGGUUUGGUUUGCUGUCUGGUGAGUGGGGAUCAUGAAUAUUUGCAUCCCUGUGAUUGUAGAUGUAUCUCGCUUUACUCGCUUAUUUGUUGUUUGUCAUUUCUGUGGCGCAAUUACUACGAUCAAGGUUUUGAUUAGAUUGUUUUUCUGUUAUUGGUGCAUGUGUCUGAUUAAGGUUGCUCUUUCUUGAUGAAAAUCACAAUGGUGUUCACGUAAUAUAAGGUAAAUGGAAAUUUACAUUAGGAAUGUUUAAAAACCUGCAGAUUUAUGAUCAAAUUUAGGUUGGUUAGCAAUGGUAACGAACACAGAUAUUAAAUUUAAAACAAUAAAAACUCAUUGAGUUCGCCAUUUUCAAACGAAAAUAGUAAGCUAUACAAUAUUAUAUGAUAAAACUAUAAGAAAUUAUUUUUAAAUGAAAAUAAGUCUUCAAACUGUAUUUAAUAUUGUUAUUUCGUUGAUCUUGUAACUUGGUAAUUGCUGAGUGGAAAAGUGCCUGUAUUAAGUCGUAUAAUUUCUAUAGAUUGACCUUAUCGGAAUUUGAAAUAAAAGUGGUAAGCCUCAUGUAGUAAUUAUUAUCAGGUGGAACGCAUUUCGUUUCAUAUAAUUGAGGGUGAAAGCUUCCUUUUUCAGUAGGCAAUUAAACUGAAACUACAAAUU